CACACCAGGCGAGAGGGAGACCACCAGAUUUAAACAAACUUCAAGUGGUUUUUGUGUAUAUAGACACUUUUUGACUGUGACACUGCUGUCAAGGAAGAUGGGCAGCAGAGGUGAAGACAGCAAAAUUUGACCCUGCUGAUGAUUUAUAAAAAACUAAGCACAAAUAACCAUGUCACAAGACCCCCUCAUCCAAUUCCCUGCAGGAACCCCGAUCUGGCUCCCUUCGCCAGCCACGGUAUGGAAAUGUGUGACCCUCCAAUCCUACACCCCACAAACAUCAACGUUAACUUAUACGGACCCGGAUUCACCCAACCCAACGGCGAUCCUGACGAUAAACAUCAGUACACCGCCACUCCCUCGGAAUCCGACAAUUUUAAUUGGGCAGAAUGACCUCACUUCGCUUUCCUAUCUGCACGAACCCGCCGUGCUGCACAAUCUUCAACAUCGGUUCAAUUUGAAUACGAUUUAUACGUAUUGUGGAAUCGUUUUGGUGGCGAUUAAUCCGUAUGAAGAGUUGGAUAUUUAUAAUCGUGAAACUAUUUUGGCAUAUCGGGGAAGUGGGAAUGAGUUGGAUCCUCAUAUUUUCGCCGUGGCGGAGCAGGCCUAUAAUAAAAUGGAGCGUGACUCCCUGAACCAGUCGAUAAUCGUUUCUGGAGAGUCGGGAGCAGGAAAAACCGUAUCAGCGAAAUAUGCCAUGAGAUAUUUUGCAACGGUUGGUGGUUCAGAAAACGAGACACAAAUUGAACAGAAAGUUUUGGCCAGUAGUCCAAUCAUGGAAGCGAUUGGCAAUGCGAAAACUACGCGAAAUGAUAAUUCUUCGAGAUUUGGAAAAUACGUGGAACUCCACUUUUCCCCCCGUUUCUCCAUAACGGGAGCCUCGAUGAGAACGUAUUUAUUGGAAAAAUCCCGUGUUGUCUACCAGUCUCCUGGAGAGAGGAAUUAUCACAUAUUUUAUCAAAUGUGUUCCACUAAUCAUUCAGAAUUAUCGGAAUUAUAUUUACAACCCGCUUCAAAUUUUCACUACACGAACCAAGGAUCAACGGACCCAACCCCGUCGGAUAAUUUUAAUGAAACUGUUCAAUCCUUAACUCUGUUAGGUUUUGGUUUAGAUAAUCGUAGGAAUUUUUUCAAAGUCCUCGCAUCAAUUUUACAAUUAGGAAACAUUCAAUUUAAUCAAGGUUCCAAUGAUGAGGCCACAAUUUCCAAAGAUUCCAAACCGUUGGGGAAUUUUAUUCAAUUGCUGGGGAUUGAUGGGGAUUUGGUUAGAAAAACUUUAACCACAAAAUCUUUAUUUUCCGGGAAUGAAAUUAUUAUUAAGAAAUUGUCAACGAAAGAGGCGAAUUAUUCGAGAGAUGCUUUAGCUAAAUUAAUUUAUUCUGAAUUGUUUAAUUGGGUCGUUAAAAUUGUUAAUGAAACGCUGCUUAAAUAUACGAUGGAUAAAAUUCAUAAGUUUAUUGGGGUGCUGGAUAUUUAUGGGUUCGAGACUUUUGAGAUCAACUCGUUUGAACAGUUUUGCAUCAAUUACGCGAAUGAGAAGUUGCAACAGCAGUUUAAUCAGCACGUGUUCAAACUGGAGCAGGAGGAGUACAUUCGCGAAGGGAUAUCGUGGACAAUGAUAGAUUUUUAUGAUAAUCAACCCUGUAUAGAUUUAAUAGAAUCGAAAUUAGGAAUAUUAGAUUUGUUGGAUGAAGAAUGUAAAUUGGGUUCGGGUUCGGAUUCCUCCUGGGUUUUAAAACUCCAUUCAAAAUGCAUCACUUCCAAACAUUAUGUGAAACCAAGGAUGGAUUCGGACAAAGGAUUCCUCAUCAAACAUUUCGCUGACGACGUGGGUUAUUCCUGCACGGGAUUCAUUGAAAAAAAUAGGGAUCUCGUCGGCGGGGAGUUGGUGGGGGCCAUCGGGAAGAACCCCUUCCUCCAAAUGGUGCUGGCAUCACAAUUGACGGCUCCAACCGCCACGGCCCAAGCGAUAGGAAAGUCAACGGGUGGCAAAAAAGCGACAACGACAACUGUGGGAUCAUCAUUUCGAGAUUCACUAACUUUACUAAUGGCCUCAUUAAACAAAACGACGCCGCAUUAUGUUCGGUGUAUUAAACCAAACGAUGAGAAAUUACCAUUUGUCUUUGAUCCUCAUCGAGCUGUUCAGCAAUUGAGAGCCUGUGGUGUACUGGAAACGAUUCGGAUCUCCGCCGCUGGCUUCCCCUCGCGAUGGACAUAUGCGGAUUUUUACGCCCGCUACCGCAUGCUGGACAAUAGCAAGAAACGUGAAAAGAAUCCAAUUCUGAGUUCGAAAAACUUGAUAGAAAAUUUACUCCCAAACCCAGACACUUAUCGAUUAGGAAGUAGUAAGAUAUUUUUCCGCUCUGGGCAAGUAGCUUAUCUUGAGCGGAUCCGAUUAGAGAAAUUACAACGAGCAGGGUUGAUAAUACAGAAAAAUAUUAAAAUGUUUGCUAAGCGAAACGUUUAUAAAAAGCUACAAAAAUCAAUACGACUCUUGCAAAACCAAGCGAGAGGAUUCCUUGCAAGGAAACAUGCUCUUUUCCUCCGACAAACCAGAGCAGCUAUUAAAAUCCAAUCUUAUUAUCGAAUGUGGAGCACGAGAUGUGUUUAUGAAUCUAAAUUGACUUUGAUUAACAAGUUACAAACAAGGAUUCGUGGAUUUUUGGCCAGGAAAUAUGCAGCAGAGAUGAAGGAUUUGAAAUAUGUUACUAAAAUCCAAUCUUAUUUUAGAGGAUGUUUAAUCAGGAGGAAGGUUUCGGACCACAAAAGACGAAUAGUUCUUGCACAAUGUUGCAUCCGUAGAUUUUUGGCCAAGAGGCGUUUGCGUAUUUUGAAAACGGAGGCCAGAUCACUGGAACAUGUUAAGCAAACGAAUAAAGGCUUGGAAAAUAAGAUUAUUUCCUUACAACAGAAAAUCCAAAUUUUAAACAAAGACAUUGAAGUGGGGAAAUUGUUAAAAAUUGAAAAUGAAAAGUUUAAAAAUGAAUUGAUCAAUUUUAAAUCUAUUGAAAAAGAAGGGAAAAAUCAGAAAAUUAUGAUUAAUAAUUUAAAUUUAGAACUGGAUGAAGUUAAAAAAGUUUUAGACACGGAAAAGGCAGAGAAAUUUGAUUUAGUUAUUUUUAGUGAAAAGAAAUCAGACGAAAUUUUAUUAUUAAAAAAAGAAUUAGAGUUAAAAUCAGAGUUAAUUAAUGAUUUAAGAGAGAAAAUAUUACAAUUAGAAAGUGAAGUCAAUUUAAAAAAUGGUUACGUGGAGAAAAAUACUAUUUUAGAAUUGGAAUUAGACGCUGAAAGGAGGAAAUACAUGGACAUUGUUGUUAAAUCAGAGGGGGCUGUUAUCAGUGGAGGAGUGGUGGGUGGUCAGAUUCCCGUAGCUAAAGAGAGGACUAGUUUAGAAAGGGAUAGAUUAGAGAAGAGGGUUAAAGAGUUGGAAGUUGAGAAUUCUAUUCUGAGGAAGAGUGGUGGUGGUGGUGGGGGUGUGAUGACGAUUGAUGAUGUGGAGAUCUCCUCUGCCUUAACGAGUCAACGAGAAUUGAACCAAAACUUGGAAUCCAAAUACAAUUCACUCCUCUCAUCAUUGCAAAAUCCAUCAAUCCAAACUGAACUUGAACGUCUGAUUCAAGAGAAUUUUUCUCUAAAACAACAAUUAUCCACCUCAGAACCUACAACUUUGGAAGAAUUACCAUUCCACGUCGUGAAGAAGAAACAUGUUCAAUAUUUGGGAAUGCUCGAGUAUAAACAGGACGAUUUAGACAGGAUCCUCAGGGCUCUCGUGACGGACCUCCCCCCAUCCCUGGCGCUGAGUUCCACCCCGAUAAAAUCAUUGCCAGCCUACUUAAUCUUCCUAAUGAUCCGCUACACGGAUUACAUAAAUGAUGAUGAACGUGUCCGCGUACUACUAACAAAAGCAAUCAAUUCAAUCAAACGAUUAAUCCGGAAACGUGGAUCGGAUCAUUUGGAUUUAUUAAUUUUAUGGAUGUGCAAUAUGACGCGAUUAUUACACACGUUGAAACAAUACUGCGGAGAUGCUGGGUUCCAGAAAGAUAACACUUUAAAGCAAAAUGAACAGUGCUUGAAAAAUUUCGACCUCGUGGAGUACAGACAAGUCCUCAGCGAUCAUGCCGUUUGGGUUUACACCCUGCUGAUAAAAUCCCUGGAGGACAGUCUGCAAUCCCUCAUCGUGCCUGCAAUACUCGAAUCGACAUGUGAUCCCACGGCCGCCUCGAUCAGUAAACCAUUGGACUCUUUAAUCGGACAAUUGGAUAAAAUUUAUAACCUCCUCGAUGGCUACGGAUUAGAAUUGAGCGUCACUUUUCAGAUUUUUAAACAGUUGUUUUAUUAUAUUUGCGCCGGAGCUUUAAAUAAUUUAUUGCUGAGGAGGGAACUGUGCCAUUGGAGUAAAGGGGUCGACAUCCGGUUUAACAUCUCCGGGUUGCAGGAAUGGACUCGUGGGAAACGGAUGCCGGACGACAUAUUGCUACCCACACUGGCGCCCUUAAUCCAAGCGAGUCAAAUUCUACAGGCUCGGAAAACGGAUAAAGAUGCGGGGUCCAUCGUUGAAAUUUGCGAUGAUUUGUCGGCCCAGCAGGUCGUAAAACUGCUGAACCUGUACUCCUCAAAAGACGGUUUGGAUUCGGACAAGGUGUCGAAACAACUGAUUUCCGCCGUGCAAGAUAAACUAACAGAAUUGCGAAGUAACAAAACCUCUCCGGCUGGGCUCUUGAUGGACACAAAAUUUAGUUUUUCAGUCAAAUUUGACUUUUGUCCUAGUUCUGUUAAACUAGAAGAAAUUGUCAUUCCAGAAACUUUUGGGAUCAGUGCGUUCGUCAAAAUGUUGUAGGGAAAUUUAUAUUUUUUUGUAGCCUGUAACUUAAUUUAUGAUAACAUUCCCCUUCUGUGAUUUCUAAUUUAUCGUUUUUUCUUCUGUGAUGUGAGGUGCUGCUAAAAAAAUAAAUAACAAAGUAGAAAUAGCAAUA